AUUGGUCUCGGUAAUCACAAAGCGAUGUAUAAGCAAAAAGAUUAUUAACAGUGACAUAAAAUUCACACAUUUGUUUGUCAAGAUUGACGGGUAAUAAAAGGCUUAUCGACAAUAACAUAAAAAACGAGGCAUUUAGAAAAGACGCGUUUUGUGAGUUUUUAUUUUUAUUUUUUAUAUUUUAUAUGUAGGAUCCACUAAUUCCACAAAGAGAGGUAAAAGGGAGGAAUUAAUGCAAUGGGCCAAACCUAGCCCAAACCACUCGCCACAAGACUCGCCCCCACUGCAGCGAGUUAGGUCAAUUAUUUUUUUCGCCUUGCAAAUGAAAUCUUAGGUGCAGAAACAUGUCCGAAGAAUAAAAUAGCCAACAACCUUCAGGUGACUUGUUUUUAUAUAUUCACAGACAUAUAUGUGUGUGUGACUGUGUGUAUAUAUAUAUAAGAGAGAGAAAGAGAGGGCUGAAAGAUGAUUAAAAGAAGUGUUAUUGCUUCUUCAAAGUGUAGAUAUGGUGGUGCUUUCUCUCUUCAUAAAGGUAUCUGUAAGUCUGCAACUUCUUUUAAGCAUUGUGUUAAUUUCUUCAUUGAUUAUCCAUUUGCUUGCAACAAUUUAAGGGCUUCGUUUCAUUCCCAAACUGGUAGUCAAACCCGAUUUAUGCAGACUGUCAGAAAUCAAUUCAGAUUUGAGUUCACAAACCUUAAUGAUGCACUGGCAAUGUUUGAUGAAAUGUCUCAAAUACAACCUCUUCCUUCAAUUGUGCAUUUCAAUAAAUUGUUAGGGGCCAUUGUGAGAAUGAAACAUUACACCACUGCUAUUUCUUUGCUUAAGCAAAUGGAAUCCACAAAAUGGUAAAGCCAAACGAGUAUACUCUAGGCAUCUCAAUGAAUUGUUACUGCCAUUUGAAUCGGGCGGAUUUGGGUUUCUCUGUUCUGGGGAGAACUUUGAAGCUUGGUUAUGAAGUGAACAGUGUGAUGCUCAACACUUUGAUGAAGGGACUCUGUAGGGAGGAUAAAAUAGGUCAGGCAGUAAAGUUGUUUAAUGACAUGGGGACAAAAGGAUUUCGACCUAAUACAGUUACUUGUGGAACGAUUAUAAAUGAGUUGUGCAAAACAGCGAACACCAGCGCGGCUAUUGAGUUGGUUAAGAAGAUGGAAGAGAGAAAUUGGGAAACCAGUAUCAUUGUCUAUAACAUGAUCAUUGACAGUCUUUGUAAGGACAGAUUGGUAGCUGAGGCCUUUGACUUCUUUUCAGAAAUGAUGCAUAAAGGCAUUUAUCCAGAUGUUAUUACUUACACCUCGUUAAUCCAUGGCCUAUGCAAUUCAAACCAGUGGAAAGAGGCUACCAAAUUGUUGAAUGAAAUGGUGAAUGAAAAAAUCAAACCGAAUGUUCUUACCUUCACUAUAUUGGUGGAUGCAAUUUGUAAGGAAGGGAAGGUUGCAGAAGCAGUAGAAAUAGUUGAAGGGAUGAUUCAAAGAGGUGAGGAACCUGAUACAGUCACUUACAAUGCACUGAUGGACGGAUAUUGUUUGCAAAGCAAAAUUCAUGAGGCAAAGAAGAUAUUUGAUUUGAUGGUUGGUAGGGGUUGUGCGCCUGAUAUUCAAAGCUAUAACGUCUUGAUUAAUGGAUAUUGUAAGAAGCAAAGAAUGGAUGAUGCCCUCAGACUUUUUCACGAAAUUUCCCGGAUGGGAUUGGUUCCUGAUACUGUUACUUAA